AUGGCUGAUCUCGAGAAAGGAGGAGCGGACAAGAUUCCGUUGGUGAAUGCCGUGGAAGUGACUCCCGUGGCAGGAAGCACGGUAGAGGUUGUGGCACCCAUGGAUCUGCAGGAGGGUUACCAGUUGCAAGUACAAGUCAAUGGUGUUCGCAAGUCCGUCAACGUUCCUUCAGGAGGAGUCAAGCAAGGAGAAUCCUUCCAGGCACAACCUUACGAUGAUAAUGCUCCCACUCACCACAUCCCUGUGGGUCAGUGGCGUGAUAACAUUUGUGAUUGUUUGAAAUUUGGAUGUUGCCAUCCCAUGUGUUGUAUGGGAUACUGGUGCGAACCCAUCUUGGCUGGUCAGGUGAUGACACGCAUGAGUCGUGAUUGGUUGGGAGGUCCUGGUCCUCGUCCCUCUGUCAGCAACACUUGCCAGAUUGUCACCGGAAUCUGGGUGUUUGUGCUCCUGGUUCAAUCCAUCAUGAGAAUCAUUGCCGAGAGCCAAGGAUUCUGUAUUGGAGGAGAACUGGAAUUCGACAUUGAUACCAAUCAGUACAAAAUUAAGUGUCCUGAUGGAACAUUCGAGAGCCCCAACACCACAUACAAGGCAGUCAUGGGAGUAGCUGGAACUUUGGGAGGGGUCUUUACCCUUUACUUGUUCUUUUCAAUCUGCCGAACUCGCCAAGCUAUGCGACGCAAGUACAAUAUCGAAGCAGGAGGCUUGGGAGAUGGGUGUGAAGAUUGCUGCUGUGCCUUCUUUUGUUCCUGCUGCACAAUUCAACAGAUGGCACGCCAUACCAAUGACUACUCUACCCACGACAUUGGGUGCUGCUCUAAUGAGUGCUUCAAUAACCGUGGCCAACAAGACCAUCUGCCUGAAAUUGAGCCCUGA